UCCGCCAACGCAGCUCUGUUCCGAGGUUCUCAGCUCGCUCCAUCGUCAACGAAAAGCUGUUGAAUUCAAGAAGAAAUGGCAUCAAAUGCAGCAGUGCCAUUCUGGCGUGCAGCAGGGAUGACAUAUAUUACAUAUUCAAACAUAUGUGCGAAUCUUGUUAGGAACUGUCUCAAGGAACCCUACAAGACUGAAGCCCUUACUCGUGAGAAGGUCCAUUUUGCCAUCUCCAAGUGGGCUGAUGGGAAGCCUGAAAAGCCCACUAUCCGCUCAGAUACAACAGAUGAAUGAGCUGUGAGUUCCAUCAUCCAAAUCUCCCUAAAUGGCAAUGGGAAGACUCAUUGGUGAAUGGUUUCUUCUAUUUUUUUGUAAUUUCUCUGUAAUGUUUGAACUGCCUGGGCCCUGGACCGGAUGUGAUUAUGCAGUUACUUGCACCUGGUAAUAAUUUAACUGGCCACACUUUGGUUAUUCUGUCUUCGUCAUGUGGAGACUUUUGACCUAAUCCUUAUGAGUGCAUUCGAUUAGUGGAAUGCUGAUUAAUUUAGUGGCAUUGUUCCAUUUCUCUUGUGUAUGUGGUGCCUUUCUAACCUCCCUUCACUGAGUCUGCUUAUUAACUGGUUAUGAGAUAAUUUGCUUGCAUCCUUUUAUUCUUUUUUGGUACAUUUGAGAGAUUAAAACAGAGGUAAAUUU